CGAGCUCGUUGUUAUGGAAACGGGUUCCGGGACUUCCCCCGCGUUGAUCACUUUACUCUGAUUGAUCUCGAGGGCGGGACCCAGUUUGUCUUAACUCUUCCGCUCUAUUCCGCUUCCUGAGGGAGUGGCUGGGCAUCUAACACUAUAACGGGUGGGACUCUCCUGGCCGCCUCCUCACCCGCCCACAGCUGUUUUGGUUUAAUGUAGCGGAAACAGCCUUUGCUGAAAAGGCUGAAGAAAAUGGAAAAGAAAAUUACUUCCAUUAAGAAGAAAUUGCCUCCAAUGAAACAACCAAAACCUAUAGACCAUCCUCCCUGUGUAAAUCCAGGCAAUCCUGUAUUUUCCUGUAUGUUGGAUCCAUCUUCCCUCCAGACAUCUAAUACAUUGUCAAAACCUCAUAUGAUCAUGUAUAAAACAACUUCAGAGAACUAUGGUGAAAUGACACCUGCAGCACCAUUUCUUCCCUGUGGCUAUUUUCCAAAGAAUGGCACAUUUACAAGUCAUCUUAGACUGACUGGAAUGUUUCAGAAUCAUUAUCUGAACACUGCUCUUGAUAGGGGCAGAGUCAUUGACUUUCCAAAUUUUCAGCACACUCUCUGAAAAUAGAAUUUGUAUGUAGGGGAAAUUUUUGUUUCGGAAAAAUGUGCAUUUUAAAUUAGAGCUAAAAGUCAUUCAUGUAACAAAACUAUUUGGACAAGGUUAAAGAUACUUUAAAUGAAUAGGCCAGGUUAUGAAGGUAAUUAAUUGUCUUCUUACCCGAAUGACAGAUCUUUGUUUCUCAUACCACCCCUAUGGAAAUUUGUAAGAAGCAAUUGCCUCUUAAAGAUAAGCUAUUCAAAAUCAAUAAAGAAAACAAAUAUAAUAAAAGAAAUGAGACUGGA